AUGGCCCAUCACUACCUUCAGUCCAGUACUGGAUCUCUGGAAACCCAAACCCCUGAGGAUAAUGUUUCCUCGCAGGGAGAUGGCCCAGUUGACAAGACUCACGGCGUGUCUAGUGAGGUCUGCCAGGAUAUCGGCGGCCUCAUCCGCUUCACGAAUGGUGCUGUGAAGCAGAAAACCACAUCGCACUGGAGCCCUAACAAGCACCAGAUGCUCAUCAUGUUCGCCCUCUCCAUAAUAUCUUUCAUGGUGGCCUUGGAUGCUUGUAUAAUUGUGACUUCAUUGAAUGCAAUUGUGCUUGAUCUAGGUCUAGACACGACCACCGCAUUCUGGAUAGGCACUUCCUACCUUCUGUCAAACGCCGUGACCAUGCCCUUCACUGCUGAGCUCAGCAACAUCUUUGGGCGACCAGUUGUGCUGCUGGCAUCGCUUGCCUUCUUCACGGGUGGUACAUUAUUGUGCUGCCUCGCAAGAUCCAUCGCCGUCUUGCUUGCUGGCAGGAGCUUGCAGGGCAUAGGUGGUGGCGGAAUUCUGGUCCUCAGCUUGAUCAUCUUCACCGACAUGGUGCCUCUUCGUUGGCGUCCCAAGUGGUAUGGUUCAGUUCUGUUCUUGAACGUCAGUUCUAUCGCCACGUAUACUUGUGGUCUGAUCCAAGGUUUAGUGAUAUAUGGGCAACUCUACUACAUACCAUUCUACUUCCAGUCCGUCAAGGGUUAUGGAGGUGUCAUCACGGGUGUAGCUAUCCUACCUGUGAUGAUCACAUUAGUCCCGAGCUCGAUUGCAACUGGUGCAGUCGUCACAAAGACAGGUCGCUACCGCUGGCCGAUCUGGCUUGGCUGGGUCCUUGUCACGGCGUCAUCCGGCCUCACCAUGAUCUUCGACCGUGCGACGCCUAUUGCCGCGUGGGUCUUCAUUCUCAUCGCUUUGGGCUUCGGUCAUGGCGCUGUGCUGAACGCCCAGAACUUUGCUACCCAAGCCAUGUGCAUGAGUGGUAGGGAGGGCCAUGCCGCUGCAAUGUAUGCCUUUUUGCGACAGUUCGGGGUGACCCUUGGCGUGGGGAUAGGUGGAACCAUCUUCCAGAACAUCAUGAGCAUCAAGCUUAGAUCGCAGGGCCUCAGCACUGAUAUCGCACUGCACAGCGAGGCAUUCCUGGUGGAAUUGGCAAAGCUCCCUGCCCACAGCGGUCUCAAGGAUCAGGUUCUCGAUGCAUAUGUGUACGGCCUGAGUGGUCUUUACCUUUUCUUCACUUGUGUGUCUGCGAUCGCGUUCCUUCUGAGUUUUCUUAUUAGGGAGUUCGAGAUGCACGAGGAGGUUCAAACUGAGCAUAUUCUGCAAAGAGUCAGUCUUUUUGAACUUUCGUAG